AUGCCAUAUUCUCCAUUCGAAGAGCUUUCUGAUUGUACACUUUAUGGCCUCUUCAAGCUUGCUAUCGAAAAAAGAACAAAUGCGAUCAACAACCGAUGUCAAAACCUUCACUACCGCACAACCAACACCAAGUUCACGAUUAGUCUUCAGAAGAUUCUGAGACAACACCGGGACUACCUCAUCAGACGACGUCGGUUGCUUCCCGUGGACCCAUCGGAGACUCAGGCUACUAAUGCGACUACCUCAGAAGAACCUGCUUCCAAGCGUCUCAGAAUUUUCGUUGAACAGCAGUCUGCUCCAACCACUUCUUCUGUUGGGUCAUCUUCUGUUGAAUCAACUGCAGCUCCAGUAGAAGACCCAGCUCAACACGUAUCAACCCCGGGUUACUGUACAAUUCUUGUCAAAAACGCAUUUCCUAAUUGA